AAGGCAGUAGCUGUAAGCAACAAUAGACCUUUCAAUUGCAGUUCAAAUUGAUACUGUUUAGUAGGCCUAUUUAUUUUUGAUUAUCAUGGCUUACUCUGGUUGACAACCCUACGGCCCAUUCUAUCCGAGCCUGAAAUUGUUUACGUUUUAAAUACUCACGAAAACCUCUCAUGGACUGAGCUAAUGGAGAAAUGAUCGCACUCGGAUUGGGUGUUGGCUUUUGAAACCUAGUCUUAUUAGGCUCAUUUUCAGUUGGCACACGACUAACCUAUACUGUCAUUUUAUCAGAGGUCGAAAUAACACAUGUGAAAGGUGGAUUUCAGUAUAUUCAAUAUAUAUUUCAGUAUAUUCCUUUAAGAUUAUGUAAUUAUUUAUUACCCAUUAUGGUUUAUCCCUGCACCGCUGAGGCAACAUCAGCUGAGACGUUUUUUUUACGGGCACCACCCUGCUUGGAGGGGACCGGGAGAAUCGUUUCAUCUCCUCCGACAGCUCCAGCUAUCCAGCCUUCAGCGCGCGCACGUCCAUGACAAAAUGAGUGCCUCGGACCGCUAACAGCACAACCUCAGCACUGGGCAAUUGGAUAGAUUUCAAUCUGGACCAGGUGUUCUCAGUAAUAGGCUACUACACUACAUGGCUCCUUAGGGCGGAGUGGAUUCAACCCAUGUGAAGUUACUAUUUUUCAGACAGUCUUUUUCAUCAGCAAGACCAAUUCCUCGUGUUCAAAGGAAGUUAGAGAUAAAACGCUGGUGAUAACGAUACAUUUCCCUUUGGACUUUAGAAGUUGUUGCGGGGAGUUUUUCUAUUUAAUAUAUUGUAGAUAUAUUUUGAAAUUGAUGUAGAGCAUUAUCUAUAUUCAUUUUGCUCUGGCAAACAGCAGCAAGACAGCUGAUGUUCCGUUUGUCAGCGUUUUUUAUGUUAUCUGGCCGCGGUGAUUCUCAUGAACCUCAGUCAUUUCCCUCGGUAAUGUUCUUCUCCCAGGGCCAAUGGAUGCAGAGCAACUGAUGCACGCUGGUAAGGUGCAAACCUUUGAUGCGUCCGUAUAUUUUUUUGUACUCUCAGAACACAGAUUUUUCAACUGCACAGCUCUGUCAAUUGUACAUUUUGACGGGGGUCUCUUGGACAUCCUCCACUAGGCUAUUAUUCGACGACCACUAGGACUGGUAGGUGAAUGACUGGCUUUAUAAGGCUUCUUUGUCAAAAUCUACGUUCAGUGUGUUGAAUUGUUAAUUGUAGCUUUUUUAAAAUGAAUUAAACACCAAGAUACCUUGUUUUAUUUCAAGUAAACAUUGAGAGCAACUUUUGGACUUCAAUCCACCAUCUAAAAUUCGGUGGAGUUUUUAGUCAUUCAUGACGGAAACAAUGGCAUUAAGUGGAAACUGUAGGACUAACCCUACGUCAAAAGAACAAGGAUCUGUUCAGAAUAGUUUCCCAGAUGUUGUAGAAUUAAAUGUCGGGGGACAGGUGUAUUACACGCGUCAUGCAACGUUAGUAAGCACCCCGAAUUCCUUGCUGGGCAAAAUAUUCUCACCUAAGAAGGAUGCCACUAAUGAUUUGGCGCGGGACCCUAAGGGACGCUAUUUUAUCGACAGAGAUGGAUUUUUAUUUCGAUAUGUGUUGGACUACCUCAGAGACAAACAAGUUGUACUGCCCGACCAUUUUCCAGAGAAGGGGAGGCUUAGGAAAGAGGCGGAGUACUUCCAGUUGCCAGACUUGGUCAAACUAUUGACGCCCGAAGAUUUAAAACACAGUCCAGACGAAUACUUCCACAGUGAUUUUGAAGAUGGUUCUCAAGGCAGCGACCACAAGAUGUGUCCGCCGUCGUCACUGGUUCCGGCAGACAGAAAAAGUGGAUUCAUUACGGUUGGGUACAGAGGCUCUUGUACAAUAGGCAGAGAGAGUCAAACCGACUCCAAAUUCAGAAGGGUCCCACGGAUUUUGAUUUGUGGGAGGGUUGCGUUAGCCAAGGAAGUUUUUGGGGAGACCUUGAACGAGAGUCGAGAUCCAGACAGGACACCGGAUCGAUAUACUUCCAGGUUUUACCUGAAGUUCAAACACCUUGAGAGAUCCUUUGACAUGCUGUCCGAGUGUGGUUUCCAGAUGGUUGCCUGUAACUCCUCAGUCACAGCGUCAUCCGUGAAUCAACACACAGAAGACAAGAUCUGGUCAAGUUACACUGAAUACAUCUUCUAUCGUGGUACCUCCCGGUGGUCCUCCCCACCCUGCGACUGCUGCUGCAAGAACCACAAGGGUGACGGAGAGGGCGAGAGCGGCACCUCCUUCAACGACCUCUCCACCUCCAGCUCUGAAAGCCAGUCAGAGGCCAGCUCACCCCAGGGCACCGUCAUCUGUGGGCCAGUCAACCGGCAGUCCCACUCCCAUGUCCAGACCCUGGACCGGCCGCUGAAGAAGGGCCCAGUGCAGAUGCUGCAGCAGUCAGAACAGCGCAGGAAGAGUGAUCUCCUCCGCACGCUCACCACUAGCUCCCGAGACACCAGCACCUGUAAGAAGAGGCCAGCUAAGGAGAAGAUGACCAUUGAGGAGGAGCUGGAGAAGUGCAUCCAGGACUUUCGUAAGAUCAAGAUCCCUGAACGCUUCCCGGAGAGGAAGUACAUGUGGCAGGCGGAGCUGCUGAGAAAGUACCGUCUCUGAGACUGAGCCAGGUCAACUUCUGUAGGAGUCACAGAGACGGAGCCAGGCUAGCUGCUGUAGGAGGCAAAGAGACAAGCAUAAAACCAUGACUGUUUAGGUAACUGUAUGUAUGGUAUGUGUGUAUGUAUGUAUGUUUGCACGUAUGUUUUAAUAUAUGAACAGUGCCUUCAGAAAGUGUUCUUACCCCUUGACUUAUUCCACAUUAUGUUAUGUUACAGCUUGAAUUCAAAAUGGAAUAAAUAGAUUUUCCCACCCAUCUACUCACAAUGCCCCAUAAUGAAAAAGUGAAAACAUGUUUUGAAAAUAAAAUACAGAAAUAUCUAAUUUAAAUAAGUAUUCACACCUCUGACUCAAUACAUUUACAUUACAUUUACAUUUAAGUCAUUUAGCAGACGCUCUUAUCCAGAGCGACUUACAAAUUGGAAAGUUCAUACAUAUUCAUCCUGGUCCCCCCAUGGGAAUUGAACCCUGGUCCCCCGUGGGAAUUGAACCCACAACCCUGGCGUUGCAAGCGCCAUGCUCUACCAACUGAGCCACACGGGACAUGUUAGAAUCACCGUUGGCAGUGAUUAAAGCUGUUAUUUCUGGGUAAGUCUCUAAGAGCUUUGCACACCUGGAUUGUGCAGUAUUUGCACAUUUUUCUUUUAAAAAUUCUUCAAGUUCUUUCAAGUUGGUUGUUGAUCAUUGCUAGACAAGUCUUGCCAUAGAUUUUAAAGCCGAUUUAAGUCAAAACUGUAACUCGGCGACUCAAGAACAUUCACUGUCUUUUUGGUAAGCAACUCCAGUGUAGAUUUGGCCUUGUGCUUUAUGCUAUUGUCCUGUUGAAAGGUGAAUUCAUCUCCCAGUGUCUGGUGGAAAGCAGACUGAACCAGGUUUUCCUCUAGGAUCUUGCCUGUGCUUAGCUCCAUUCUGUUUCUUUUUUAUCCUGAAAAACUCUUAAGUGUAGUUCUCAGUGAUUGUUCUCAGUGUUGUGUUGGAUUUUCCCUAAACAUAAUGCUUUGUAUUCAGGACAAAAAGUUACUUUUUUUGUCACAUUUUUUGCAGUUUUACUUUAGUGCCUUAUUGCAAACAUGAUGCAUGUUUUGUAAUAUUUUUUUAUUCUGUACAGGCUUCCUUCUUUUCAAUUGGUCAUUUAGUUAUUUUUGUGGAGUAACUACAAUGUUGUUGAUCCAUCCUCAGUUUUCUCACAGCCAUUAAACUCUAACUAUUUUAAAGUCACCAUUGGCCUCAUGGUGAAAUCCCUGAGCAGUUUCCUUCCUCUCUGGCAACUGAGUUAGGAAGGAGACUGUAUCUUUGUAGUGACUGGGUGUAUUGAUACACCAUCCAAAGUGUAAUUAAUAACUUCACCAUGCUCAAAGGGAUAUUCAAUGUCUCUUUUUUUACCAAUAGGUGCCAUUCUUUGCGAGGCAUUGGAAAACCUCCCUGGUGUAUGUGGUUGAAUCUGUGUUUGAAAUUCAAUGCUCAACUAAGGGACCUUACAGAUAAGUCUGUGUGUGGGGUACAGAGAUGAGAUAGUCAUUCAAAAAUCAUGUUAAACACUAUUAUUGCACACAGUCCAUACAAAAUGUUUACUCCUGAGUUUAUUUAGGCUUGCCAUAACAAAGGGAUUGAAUACUUAUUGACUCGAGACAUUUCAACUUAUUGACUCGAGACAUUUCAUGUAAUAAUAAUUCCACUUUGACAUUAUGAGGUAUUGUGUCCAUUUAAUCCAUUUUAAAUUCAGGCUGUAACACAACAACAUUUGGAAAAAGUCAAGGGGCGUGAAUACUUUCUGAAGGCACUGUAUGUAUGUAUGUAUGUAUGUAUGUAUGUAUGUAUGUAUGUAUGUAUGUAUGUAUGUAUGUAUGUAUGUAUGUAUGUAUGUAUGUAAGUGUUCACCACUGCCUCGGAGCGUCUACUGUAUAACUUAUGCUUUAGGUUCUGGAUGGCUGUUCUCAAUGAAAUAAUGACAAUGGACAAAAGACAUCUUUCUUCCUCUUACUCUCCAAGGAUAUAUCUGAUGGCACAGUUUUAUCAACAAUCUUUUAAAAGCACUAAAGAGCACAAUUGGUCUGUACGUGAGAUUGUGUUACACACAUUGAUGAGUUUUGACCCCAUGGUGUUAUUGGUGCAGGAGCUGCAUUCAGGUGGCACGGAGGUCGAAGAUAAAUGUGCAUCAGAAUGAUAAAUUAUUCAUGCUGUCCCGACAAUGCUCUUUCUAAAAAUAACUGCUGCCAGAGUGGGAAGGAUGAAUAGCUGGUUCGAUUUCAACACUUUCAGGAACGCAGGAGACUCCAGAGGAAGUAUGGGAUUUUUUCACCACUAUUCUUUAAACUCCCCCAAGUAUCAAACUGAUGGCUAACCUCCCAAAAUGGAUACAGCCAUAGUCAGUUGGCAAAUUUGAAAAACAUCGAAAGAUAUAUCAAAACGGCUUUCAGAUGGAAAUGGACACACAUUAAGAUGUUCCUUAAGGGGUUGUGAAGGAGGAGUUUGUUUUAAUGAGAUACAAGUCAAAUGAAACAAGAAACAGGACUGAAAAGAGAGUCCUGUGAAGGUGCUUUCCCCAAAGGGGUUAACAGUUAUCGUAGGUGUUACCACACACACACACACACACACACACACACACACACACACACACACACACACACACACACACACACACACACACACACACACACACACACACACACACACACACACACACACACACACACACACACACACACACACACACACACACACACACACACACACACACACACACACGGGCUCAUUUUAACAAUGGAUGUGUGACUUGAGUGCAGAAAAGAAUAGGCAGGAUAGCAUUGCUCAACAUCCCAUGACAGGUUGAUGGUUUCUGUCGUAGUUGUUGGCAUGGUGGUCAAUAGAUAUUGAUGAUUAGGUGCUGGGGUACAUUGAUGAGGGCAAUAGACAUGGUUGGGGACAUCCUUGCAGAAAUUGAUGAGGCUUGUAGGUCAUUGAUGAGGACAUGCUGCUCUUGUUUUCACUGUAUACCACAUCUAAAUAUUAUGUUGAAAUUUAGUCACAACACACGUUUGUUAUGUGAGCAUUUCCUUUUUAUAAUGUGCAAUAGAGAAUUAAAAAUGACAAAGCACAGACAUUUUCUAAUAAUUUCCAUAAUAAUGUAAUUAUUUUGUGUAAUAUUACAUACAGUAUAACUGAUACAAUAUGGAAAAACUUUGCAAAUCUUAUUUUGUUAUCGUGAGAUACAGAUACAGACUGCAUGGUCUAUUUACUGCUGCUGCAGUACUCUUCAGUUCUAUAGAGCUAGUCGCUAAAACGUUCAACGCUAACUGAACAACAGAACUAUGAUGUGCAACAUCAACAACAUGUACAAGAUGAUGGUGAGCUGUUGGGCACUUCGUCACUCUCCUCCGAACCGCUCUUUUGGAUAUACUUUCACUCUAGCGCUGGAUUCAAAGGUCAAACUGGUGACGAUGCUCUUGUUUCUUCAGCCUGAAAAAUAUCUAUAUUUAAUUAAACAGCAUGAUCAAUUGUUGAGCUUUCAAUAAUUUCCACUAGGCAUUGCUACUGAAUGUUGUACUUUUCAUAGUGACUUCACAGUUUUAGCUUAUUGCUUAUUAAAUGGCUUUGUCUGUUUUUAAAGCGUCAUGACGUGAAAGGAUUUGGAUAUACAACUGGGAUGUUAUGAAUAUCAUGAAACCGAUUCAUCUGCUCAUCAAACACUGAAAGAUAUAGGUCUUCGAUACAAUCAAAUCUUCAAAGCACAAUUGCAUUGAAAAUAAUACUCCAUACAUCUGACUGUCAGAUAUCAAUAGCAGACCUGGGUUCAAUUAGAUGUGUCUUUGAGUACCUUGUAAUACAAAUAUUUUUCUGAGUAUUUUCAGUACUUUUAUUUGAGUACCUUACUGGUUAUUUGAAAAACCCACAUAGUCAAUCAUAUUGUAUUUAAGAGGAUUUUCAAAUACGUAUUUCAUAUACUAUUUUCAAAUACAUUAAAAUGGUCAAUUACUUGUCUUUUCAAAUACAAUAUAUCUGAAUACUUACUUAAAAUGUAUGGGAAAGUAAUUAAAAUAUUUGAAAUAGUAUUUCAACCCAAUUCUGAUCAAUAGUGAUAAUUGAUUCAGAUCUCAUGAAAGACAUGGGCUGAUUAAAAUAACACCAAAAUAGUUCAAAGACAAUAAGCAGAAAUAGUAAUUUUUCUUUAUUUGAUGCAAUCUUAUAUUUAUUUUUCUAGGUCUAAAACAGUCUCUAUUUGUUAGGAUCUUUGUAGUUGCCGCUGCACUGCCCAUUGUAUGUAUUUUCCAGAAUCACUAUCAUGGAAAUUAUACAUUAAAAUUAAAUUACUCAGCACAAAUAUAAAAUAUAGUUGUUGACUUCCUAUAAAAAACAUAUUUGUUUUCUUUAAAAAUAACAUGAACAAUCCAUGCAUUUUGACUACGAUACAGAGGUAUGGUUUAGAUCUCUAUACAAACAGAGGACUGGAAGUUAAUACUGUACACAAUGUAGUUUUCCCCAUUUAGAUUCAUUUUCUAUCAACAUAUUCCAUUUUACAUAUGCCAUUGAGCAGACACUUAUAUCCAAAGCAACUUACAGUCAUGUGUGCAUACAUUUUACGUAUGGGUGGUCCCAGGAAUCAAACCCACUACUCUGGUGUUACAAGAACCAUGUCUUAUCAACUGAGCUACAAAGGACUUUUUUUAUUCCAAAGUAUUUUUUGUUGUCAGUUGCAUUUGUUUAAAAUGAUAGCUACAGAACCUAUCACUUGUAAAUAUCAUAUUCUAAGUAACCCCAAAAAUGUACUAUAUUUUAUAUGUAAAUAAUGACAUCCAUCAACAAGCUGUAACAUUCUCAUCCCUGAGACCUGAAUGAAAGUCGGAAUAAUACAGUAGACUGACGUUAAUGUUGUUCUUUUCAUUAUACCUGUAGAAUCAUAGUGGGAGGUGUCUCACACUGGCCUGUGCAUAGUCGAAUUAAGCAAUAAGGCCCGAGGGGGUGUGGUAUAUGGCCAAUAGACCACGGCUGAGGGCUGUUCUUACGAACGACGCAACGCAGAGUGCCUGGACACAGCCCUUAGCUGUGGUAUAGUGGCCAUAUAUCACAAACCCCUGAGGAGCCUUAUUGCUAUUGUAAACUGGUUACCAAUGUAAUUAGAGCAGUAAAAAUAAAUGUUUUGUCAUACCAAUUUCAGCCAAUCAGAAUUCAGGCCUCAAACCACUCAGUUUGUGAUAUACUGUAACUGAUGAUGCUGUGAGCGUAGCACACUUGGUAGGCUCACAUGAGUAGCCCUGUUCGAGGAGAGUCUGCAAGGUGGUUUUGUGUUACUUCCACAACAGCAGAGCCUAUAAAGAGGAUUAUUCAGCAUGUUAAACCUUGAAUAAAGAUGAUUAUACGAUGGCGAUGCAAAAGUGAGUGCUGCCCAUUUUGCAGAUCUGUAAAUAUGGGAUCAUUUCCUUUGUGUGUUUGUCAAUCUGAAUACUGCACAUGUUGGUUACAACCAGAGUCACUGAACUGACAGUGAGGACCUGAGUGCAGUUUUUGUUUAGUGUUUUUAAAAACAUCAUGUUCCUUUAAGUUGAUUGCAUAUUGUUUACCAUCACCUUACAUCACCUUACUUUCCACUUUACUGGGCGGCAGGUAACCUAGUGGUUAGAGAGUUGGACUAGUAACUGAAAGGUUGCAAGAUCAAAUCCCUGAGCUGACAAGGUAAAAAUCUGUCGUUCUGCCCCUGAAUAAGGCAGUUAACCCACUGUACCGAGGCUGUCAUUGAAAAUAAGAAUUUGUUCUUAACUGACUUGCCUAGUUAAAUAAAGAUUAAACUAAAACCCAGUUCAAAAAGAUUAGUCUUACUAAGUACUCUAGUUUACAAGUUCUGAAAAAGAGCAUAGUGGAAUGACAAGACACACGGUGGCCUUCAAAUGUAGACUGGAGCUUUUUUGCACAAUGUUGGGUGAAUUAUAUUGUACUUAACAAGAAAGUAUUUGAAAAAGAUAAACCUGUACAUACUCACUUAAUGCACACUAUAUGGUAACAUGAAUAAAAUCAUAGAUCAAUCAUCAGAGAGGAUUGUAUUUGAAUAUAGUUGAUAAUUAAUUAAUGAUCAGAAAUAGACACUUCUCAGUCCCAAAACCCCCCAAAAAGAAUAUUCAGACCUUGCCAUUUUAAAAAUUUCUAUCCUACACAGUUUGAGGAAUCAAUUAUGAAAUUAAUGCAAUUGAGGAUGGAUCUGUUUAACCGUCAAAAACAUAUAUUACAAGAGAGAGGGAGAUUAAAGUAUGCAAUUUUCUAUUUCAGUUGGAGCGAUCUGUCUGAGACUGUGUUCUAGCUAGUUAUACCCAGUGGUAGAGCCCUUGUUCUAAGUGAAUGCAAGUCCUGUCAUUUAGUUUUUAUUACACGCCCUUAUGAAUCUGUGAUCCAUAAAGAAAACCACAUUAGAAUGAAGCAGCCCGACAGACCAGCACAUAGAAACAGAGUAUUGUUUGGUGUUGUUUUGAUUACAAAAAGGUCCGAAACAUUGUGCGCAUGUUGGUAUAAGAAUUAUUGAAGAUAAUUUAGUCUGUUAUUGUGAACACGUGAAAACUGAAAUAAUUACCAAAAAAAAUACUUGCAAAAAAAAGAUAAGGACAAAAGCGUGGAUUGUGUCUGCUGAUGUUUCUCCACAGGUGUACAAUGUUAUGAAUUAAAGACAGUACCACUUCACCUGAAAUGUCUUUAGAUACAAGAAUAGGAAUUUUGAAAAUGUACUCACAUCAAAUAAAAAAACAUUCUGUACAA